AUAAGGCAGAAUAAGACAGGAUAGUAUCUUUCUUUAGUAAUAGGAUUUAACGAGGAGCAGUGAAGGCAGCAUCAGGUUGAUUGAAGGGAGGGAUCCUAAACAGCUAGUGGUGGGAAAACAUAUAGAUGAAAAACCGAAUAACUCUAUAGGAUACUGGGAUAGGAUACAAGACACUACUUUAACCAACUUUUCACCCAAAUUAAUAGGACUGAAUUGAAAAACGUCCAUUCAGCCUCUAAUGUCUCCCCUCCCUCCCUGUUUUCUUUCUCCCACCACCAUCGGUGCCAAAUUGGGAGCCUGUCUCCAUGACAACGCGUAGUGCAGGCGGGGUUUGCCAGCUGGAGGCAGAGUCAGUCAGUCCUCAGUUGGCAUCACCGCUCCAAACCUCCACACUGCAUCACGCCCUGAGUGGAAUGGAAGAAAAGGACAAGAAAGAAAAUGAGGAGUAUAUCGGAGAGAUAAAGGGUGGGCUGCGGCCUUCAAUGAAACUGGUUGUUAUGGGAAUUAUUAACAAAAAACCCAAGAGCAUUGAAGUGACUGUGUCCAGUAAACCUCAGGAAGAGGACAAAGAGGGAGAUGUGGGUCUUCAGUUAAAAGUCAGCUUCAUGGAUAAAGCCGUCCAGCGAAACGCCCGUCUGGCCGGAAAGUGGGGUCCAGCUGAAAACACCCUCUCCUUCUUUCCUUUCGCAGCCGGAGAAUCCUUCAAGAUGGAGAUUGUUUGUGAGCACCAGCAGUUUCGUAUCUUGGUGGACGGACAGCCUCUGUGCGGCUUCACCCACCGGCUCUCCCCGCUCGCCUCCCUCACCGCUUUACGAGUCUUCGGAGACCUACAGCUCACCAAGGUGGCCUAACGUCGACGCCACACUCAGAGAUAAAUACCAUGAGGAAUGUUCGGGAACAGUGUACAAUACAUAGGAUUAGGCUAGAGCUACUUCUUGAGUGAAUAAAUUAACCCAUGAUGGGGAUGUUGUGUUUCUAAUUUCAAACAAAGUUACACCUGCAUCGUAAUCACGUGAUAAGACAAAGUGCCUUCACUAGAUUACCUGUUUGGGGACUUGAAGAUACUGACUGACUGUAACAGUCAUCAGUGUCUUAAAUUAACUGAGGAAUGUGAUUUGAACUGAACUGAAUUAAGUUUUAAACAAAUAUUUGCCUUCGAUGAACAUUUGUACCAACAAAAAAGUUGCAAAAAAGUUACGCGGCAUCAGUCUCUGUGCAUCUAAAAAGAGAUUUCAGGCGUUUGUCAUUAAUUUCUCUGAAGUUAACCUUUGAAUGCUGAAGUUUCUGAAAUCAGUUAAAAGAAAGAUUGUCCUUCUGUGCCCGACUAAGUAAUGUAACAGGUGUAAUAACUUAAAACAAUUUAAGUACACUAGUGCAUGCCAGUAUUAUAAAGUAAGUUUCAUUCCUCUCAGUUUGUCUCCAAAGCUUGAAGAGUUUGUCACACUUUCUCUUAUUGUAUCAUUAUCAACUUACUGUACAGUCAGCUUUAAAAAAGCUACUAACGCCCAAUGGUUUGUGUACUUUUCAUUUACCACUAGCACUUUUUAUGUGAAUGUUUCAUAUCCCUGCAAUAAAUCACUUUUGUUGUUA